GGCGAUAAGCUCAGUUCAGACAAAUCCGUCACAGAAGAAUUACAGAAAGUAAAAAAGAAAUCCCUUCUUACAAGAAAAGAAAAACUCGAUUCUUCUUCUUCUUCAAUUUUUUUUUCUUGUUUUUUAAAUUUCUAUUUUCAGCACUGCUCAUCUUUCACGAGUUUGUCGUUCCUUGCUUCCCAGUUCUUCUUUAUUUUCUUCUUUCGGAAGAGAAAAGAAAGAGACGAAUCGAUUUCUCAGAGAAGAACAAGCAGAAGAAGAAAGAAGCAUAUAUUCUCUUUCGUUUUCUUGGAGAAAUGCAGAAGGGAUGAUAUCUCAUCACCACACCACCAUUUUCCUCUCCGCCCCGUCAAAAUGCCCUAAUUUCUCUCCUCACCGUCUUUUUCUUGUCGUCUCUCCAAGAACUCGGAACCAAGAAUCUCAUCUCCACCACCACCACCACCAUCGGCAGCACCACCACCAUCUGCUCGCCAGUGUGGGACCGGCUCUGUUCCUUCAACGGCGGGAUGAGUACGAUGAACGGAAGACGAGGACGGUAUCCUCAUCAUCAUCGUCAUUGUCUUCUUCGGCCAAUGAUGAUGGAGAGGCGGAUUCGGGCGCUGCAGCAUUGGAGGAUGAGAUCCUCGAUUUCAUGCUGAAAUCCCCCAACCCUAAUGCGUUUCCGACGAGAGAGGAGUUUAUUGCUGCUGGGAGGAUGGAUUUGGCGGAAGCGAUCGCCGCCCGGGGUGGUUGGCUCGCGUACGGCUGGGAUUUGGAUGAGAAGCCCGUGGAUUCUCCGGGGGAUGAUGGGAGUAUCGACAGCAUUGGUGGUUUCUUGCUCGACGAUAGCAGAGUCUUUCAACAAAGGUUUUCUGGUAGUAGCACUAGUGACCAGGCGGAUACCACAGCUUCUUCGUCUUCUUCCGGUAGAUCAAUAGAAAUUGGGGUUGGGGAGGAUUCUGGAAUUGAGGGUAUAUUGAGCAGACUUGAGAAAGAAAGGAAUCUUCUAUAUGCCAUUGAGUCUGGUGAGAAAGAAGACAGUGGUUGGAUCUUGGGGAAAGAAGGUGAUAAUGCCUGGCAGGGUGUCUCUACAGAUGCGGUUGCUAGAAGUGAAAGAAGAAGUAGAUCUGGCAAAGAGUUUGAUGAGUCUAUAGAUGUGCAUUUUCAAAAUGGAACAUCCUCAGACUUUAAUGGCACGUUUAGCUCCCUGAAGCCAGAAAUGUGGAGGAUGUGGAGUGUUCGAAGGGCAGGUUUCCCAGAAACUGAAUUCGAAGCUGCUGAAAUUGUUCCCUAUGGAAGUGGAAAGCAAAGGACAAUAGAUCACAACUUUUCAAGUGAUGUGGUUGUGAAUGAUGGGAAGCGUAGCAUAACUGAGAGUAUGAAUGAGAUUAGAAACACAAGGAAGGAACUGGCUUCUGGUGAUAAAGAUAAUUUUCAAAGUCAGAUACAUACCCGCCUUCAGCAACUGCAGUUAGAGCUUACUUCUGUUCUUCGCGUUCUUAGGUCUAGAGCUGAUGCUGUUGUUUUGCAUAAGGGUGAAAGAGGCUCCUUGGAGGAGUUGCAUAAGCUUUCUGAUGCUUGGGAAUUUCAGGAAACUGAAAUUAUGAAAGCCCGGGACAAAUUGCGCUCCAUGCGUGCAAAGUUGGCCGUCUUAGAAGGCAAGAUGGCGUUGGAGAUUAUUGAAGCACAAAAGAUUGUGGAAGAGAGACAAAGAAGGAUUGAUGAUGCUCAAAAGGCUCUAAGCAUUCUCCGAACUGCCUGUAUAGUUUGGCCUAAUUCUGCCUCAGAGGUUUUCUUGGCUGGGUCUUUUGAUGGGUGGACAAGUCAGAGAAGGAUGGAAAGAUCAACUUCGGGCAUCUUUUCUUUGAACCUAAAGCUGUAUCCUGGUCGAUAUGAGGACUAUUUUGGUGGUACAGAUCAAGUUUGUCGUGGAUGGCGUUUGGAGAAUUGAUCCACUCAGACCUGUCGUGAAUAACAACGGCUACCAGAACAAUCUCCUAAUCAUCUCUUAAUUCCUGUGAAUACCACUUGUUACUGAAUUUUGGUGACCACCACGUCCUGAGUAUAUCAAUUUUUCGCUAUUCAUUUUACCGUUAGCUGGUUUCUUUGUGUACUAACAGUACGUUACAGAAAUAAUCCAUGAUUCUUUGCUCGUGUUGGGAAUCUCCUCUUCCAAGAGUAGGGUGGAGAAGUCAAAGAUUGUGUGGAGUUUUGGGCUGAAAUGUACUUUAGUGUUUAGGCAGCAUAAUGGAAAUGUUGUGUUGAAAUGCGAACCACUCAAUAGAGUCAAUGCAACACUAUGCCAAACCGGCAGUGAAAUCCCUCUACUAACUGAAAUGCUAACCACUCGACAGUUUGUUGGUAGAGAAUCCAUUCUGCACUACACCUGUAUUAGAGACUGAGCAAUGACUAAAAGUGGCAUUAUACAA